CGGUUCUCUCCCGAGCGUUCUAACCUAGUCGUCGCGGGAUCGUAGCGGCUUUACACAUCGCCGCCCACGCCGCGGUUCGCGAGCGGUCGGAAGAAUCAGGGCCCUUGCGGGCUGCCGUAGCCGCUUCUCUCUAGUGGGCGGGGCCAAGGCCGGGGUGACCCUGCCGGAGCCGCCGCUGCCAGAGACAUGUUCAAGGUAAUUCAGAAGUCUGUGGGCCCGGCCAGCUUUAGUCUGCUCACCUUCAAAGUCUAUGCAUCCUCCAAAAAGGACCCACCCGCCAAAGCCUGUCUGAAGGUUAAUGAGCAGCUUUCACUCUACACCAUUCCUGAGGGUCAGUCUAAAUAUGUGGAAGAGACAAAGACCCAACUCGAAGAAAGCUUCUCACAUCUUCGACAUCAUUGUGAGCCAUAUGUAAGACGGUGUGAGGAAAUUUAUAGCCAGACUAAGCCCAAGCUGGAAACGCUCAUUCAAUUGGGGUUUGAGAGCUAUGACUUUCUCCAGAAUUCACCACCUGGAUUUUUUCCAAGACUGGGUGUUAUUGGAUUCGCUGGCUUUGUUGGACUCCUCUUUACUAGAGGUUCAAAAAUAAAGAAGUUGGUGUAUCCACCUGCUUUCAUGGGACUGGCUGCUUCUGUUUAUUAUCCACAACAAGCCAUUGUGUUUGUCCAGGUCAACGGAGAGAAAUUACUUGACUGGGGUUUACGUGGAUUUGUUCUCCUAGAAGAUAAGUGGAAGGAGAAUUUUCAAAAGCCAGGAAAUGUGAAGAAUUCACCAGGAAAUAAGUAGAAUACUCCAUGCUCUGCCCAUUUUAAUCAGUUUUAGGUAAACAUUGGAAACUCCAUACAGUAAACCAGUAUUUCUACAGAAAAUGGCAGAGAUGUUAAUAUUGAAUGUAGCAAAUGGCGUUCUUCAGGAAAAACUUUACUAGUCCUCUUUGUUAUCUUGGAUGAUGUCAUCUAAGGGGACUAAUUUAAAAUCCUUUUACCAAUACAUAAUGUACAAGCCUUAGAACUCCAUGUUCUCAUGUUGCUAUUUAUGUACUAAUUAAAAAAUCUAAGUUAAAAAA